AUGAAUAUGACGGAGUCUGAGAAUGUUGCUCCUUCUGCUGCUGGGGAAAGUGUGAACGAGAAAGUUGUUAGACAACUUGAGUACUAUUUUGGCAACAUUAACCUUCCAAGAGACAAAUUUCUUCAGGAUAGUAUGAAACAGGACGAGGGAUGGGUUCCAAUCAACACCUUACUUACAUUCAAUCGCCUUGCUGCCAUCACCACUGAGACUCGAAAUGGUUACGUAGCAUACGCGUUGCUCACGUUUCUCGCUACUAUUGGUGACUUAGGUCAGGAAAUCGUCGUUUUACUUUAUGUUUCUAUCAAAGAUGCAAGUACUUCCAAGAGUACCACAUCCUUGGAGCAGAUAUCGUCAAGUGCCACUAACAACGAAUGA